ACCCCUAUGCCGGGCUGGUGAGCCACCUGAGGACCAGCUGGCUCUCGGGGAGGACGCGGCCCAUGGAGUAUCGCGUGGCCCAGCUGGAGGCCCUGGGACGCUUCCUGGAUGACAAGAAGGAGGAGAUCCUGGAGGCCACUGCCUCAGACAUGGGCAAGCCAUGCUUUGAGGCUUUCUUCAGUGAGAUCCUCCUCUGCAAGAACGAGCUCCACCAGACCCUCAACAACCUGGGCCAGUGGAUGAAGGACGAGCACGUGGGCAAGAAUCUGGUGACCCAGCUGGACUCGGCCUUCAUCCGCAAGGACCCCUACGGGGUGGUGCUCAUCAUUGGGCCCUGGAACUACCCUGUCCACCUCCUCCUGGUGCCCCUCAUUGGGGCCAUCGCUGCUGGGAACUGUGUCAUUGUCAAACCCUCUGAGAUAAGCAAGAACACUGAGAGGCUUAUGGCUGAAUCACUGAGCUGCUACUUGGACAAUGACUGCUAUGCUGUGGUGACAGGUGGUGUGCAGGAGACCACCAAACUGCUGGAGAACAAGUUUGACUUCAUCUUCUUCACUGGCAGCCCCGCGGUGGGCAGGGUGGUGAUGAGCGCCGCUGCCCGGCACCUGACGCCGGUGACGCUGGAGCUGGGGGGCAAGAACCCCUGCUACGUGUCCGACAGCUGCCACGUGCAGAACGCCGCUCGGCGCCUGGCCUGGGGGCGCUUCUUCAACGCCGGCCAGACCUGCAUCGCGCCGGACUACGUCCUCUGCAGCCUGGAGAUGCAGGAGAAGCUGAUGCCGGCCCUGCGGGAGGCCAUCGCCGAGUUUUAUGGCCCCAACCCUCGGGAGUCCCCGGAUUUCGGCCGCAUGGUGGGGGACAAGCAGUUCCGCCGCGUGCGGGCGCUGCUGAGCAGCGGCAGGGUGGCCAUGGGAGGCCAGACGGACGAGGAGGAGCGCUACAUCGCUCCCACGGUGCUUGCAGAUGUGCUGCCCUCAGACCCAGUCAUGCAGGAGGAGAUCUUUGGGCCCAUCCUGCCCAUUGUAGUUGUGGCCAACAUGGACGAAGCCAUCGACUUCAUCAACGCCCGGCCGCGGCCCUUGGCCAUCUACGCCUUCUCCUCUGACAGCAAGGUGGUGAACCAGGUCCUGGAGAGGACAAGCAGCGGUGGCUUCUGUGGCAACGACACCCUGAUGCACUUUACUCUGACCUCGCUGCCCUUUGGUGGCAUUGGUAGGUCCAAACCCCCAACCAACCUGCCUCAUCCACACUGCCCAUGUUGAGGAAGGGUCUCAGGGGAGACAGGGCACCCAGGUGCCACUCUGGGUCCAGAGGGCUCCAUGGCCUGUAGGCAAAUCCUUCUGCACCAGGCAGGACACCACCAGGAGCUCUUUGCUGCGCUGCACCAGGGCUGAGCUCUUGGGGUUUCUGCUGAGCACGUGUGAGGACUCUUCUCUCCAUGUUUGCCAUCCCAAGCACAGUGUUCCAUGUGUCCAUGGAAAUAGCCUCUUUACCAGGUAGAGCAUCUUGGAUGUGGCCAGCACAGGAGCACCUCCAGACCUUCCUCUCCCCAUGCAGUGCCUCUGUAGGGUGCUGGGAACCUGCACCACUUGGUCAUUUCCAUGGUGUCUCUGAGCAGCAUGGGCACCAUGAGUGAAUGCUGGGCUAAGGCUGGGUUCCUGCCUGCUCAGGUUUAGCUAGGAGCUCCUCAACUCUGCUCUCUUUGGUCUGCUCUUCAUCUGGUGGCACAUCCAACAUGCUGUCCUUCUAG